AAUUAUAUUUAGCCAAGCAUUUACACAUAUAAGAUUUGUGUCAGGUUAAUGAUACAGUGCAUACCUCAAAUUUUUAUUCUAAUGUACUUAUAAUUUUUCCAAUAUUAGAUCAUACCAUACCAACCAAUACAUACGCAUAUUCCUUGAUCAUAUCCUUGAUCCUUGAUCCGCAUAUUAUAAUUUUUUGUCAGUUUUUUUACCGAAGUUAAAGAUUUAUAUACAUCUGAAAAUAUCCUUGUCAUCUUUAAUUCAAAUCUAUGAAUAAUAAAAGAGUAAUUUAGAUAAGUAAAUAAAUUUUAUUAAAUUAAAAAGGCGGACACAUAAAAUUUCUUACAGUUGUAAGUUUACAAGUGAUCAGAAUGUUAAAAAGAGUAUUUUCAAUGUUUGGGAUUAACUAUGACAAACAAGCUCUUACUGAAACACUAAAAAUGAAGGCCUGGCUUAUUCAUGAGUAUGGUGGUAUACAAAAUGCACAGCUUGGAGAAACUCGGCUUCCUAUUAUUAAAAGCCCUACAGACGUUUUAGUUCAAGUUCACAGUGCUUCGGUUAAUCCUAUAGAUAUAUCAAUGAUGGGUGGUUAUGGUAAUACUCUGUUGAAAAUUAUGAGGAGAGGUGAAUUGGAACUUCCUCUAACAGUAGGAAGGGAUUUUUCAGGUACUAUUUUAGCCAAAGGACUAGGUGUAUCUGAUGAAUUCAAAAUUGGUGAUGAAGUGUAUGGUUUUGUGCCUUUAUAUAAACCUGGAUCAUUUUCAGAAGCUGUUCUAACUGAUUCCUCAUAUAUCUUACCAAAACCAAAACACUUAAAUCAUGCGGAAAGUGCAUCAUUAGUAUAUACAACUAUGACAGCAUGGAGUGCACUCUUUGUUUUCGGAAAUAUAUUUACAAAACAAAGGGAAGGAUUAAGAGUGCUAAUUUUAGGUGCUUCAGGAGGGGUUGGAACUUGUGCAGUUCAGCUGCUUAAAGCUCGAGGUUGUGAGGUGAGUACAACAAAGUUUAUAUUUUGGAUUUGUAGUAUUAAAAAAAAUACUAAAUAUAUUUAUAAUAUUUGUAACAAACAAGCAAAUUUCAUUGAAAAGAAGAGAUUAAGGAAACAGAGAAGGUAUCACAUAAUAUUAGAUGGUGCUAAAAUUGGUUCCAAAAACAUACCAAAAGAAUGGCAGCAUGAUACUUACAUAACGCUAAAUUCACCAUUAUUUGAGAAUACCGACCAAUUUGGAUUACUUUCAGGAUUGAUACGGAGUAUUAGUAGUUUGAUUAGUAUAAACAUGGAUCGAUGGAAACAAGGCGGUAGAGCCAUGUGGGGAUUUUUCGUGCCAUCGGCCAGUGGAUUCCAGUUCAUUCAUAAAUUUAUUGUAAAUAAGAAGAUACAACCAGUUAUUCAUGAAACAUUUACCUUUGAUAAACUACCAGAAGCUCUCGAAACCAUUGAAAAGGGUCAUCUAAGAGGAAAAGUUGUCAUCAAUUUUAAAGAUUAAGUUUAUUUUUGAGUCUUCGUUUAACUAAAGUUUUUUUGUUCUAAAAUAACUAACUCGUCUAUGUUGUCCUUGUAGUAUAUUCUGUGAUAAAAUGAUUUUGUUUUGUCCUAAAAUUACUAGUUCUUGGAUGUUAUUUGUUACGUUUAUAAAAAUAAUUACGUUUACAUGUACAUAUGUACAUAUUAAUUUAAUCAAUUCGUUUCUGUAAUUCUCAUAAAUAAUAAAAA